GCGUCAACGUUCUUUUUUUUUCUCUCCCGCCUUGGGGUUGUUGCGAGUGAGUGUGUGCGGGAAUAUCCAAGAUGGCUACAGCAGAUGUAACGAUGCCCAAGAGACCGGAGAGGGCGUCGUUCAGGAUCAGCUACUGGGUCUAUAUUGACCCAAGCAACGCCAGGCUCUACAGCGAAAACCUCGCCCGGAUCCUGAACUGGCCGCGCCGCCAUGGGAAAUACAGGCCCUUCGAGUCGCCCGCCGCCAGGCACAUGGCCGCCGCUCCCGGCCACCACUCCCUCGAGCACCAAACGGACCUGAUCCCGCUGCAGAUCGACGCCGUCGGCGUGCCCAUCCCCAUCCCCGCAGCAACAACAACAGCGGCAGCGUCAUCGAAAAAGCCCAGCAGCAGCGGCAGCUCGGCCGCCGCCGGGCUGGCGGAGCACAAGGCGGUCCGGGACUUUUGCGCCGACACGUGCGCGUCGCUGCAGGACCCGUGCGUCAUGAAGCUCGUGUUCCGGCCUCACUCGGCGGCCUCGGGAUCUAGGCGGCCGCAGACGCCAGCACCCGCACACGUCCCGCCCCCGCCCUGGACGCACAUCAAGAUCGAGCGGACCGACGUGCCCAUCAGCGACCCGUACUACUACUGCGCCUACUACCUGCCCCCGACGAGCCGGUCCGUGCCCUGGUGCCAGAGGGACGACGAGCUGGAGCAGAGGCCGGGCAUGAGGGCGUUCCGGACGCUGACCGAGAUGGCAGAGAGUUGCCUGGCAACAGGGCCGGAUUACGAGCCCAGCUUCUACAAGGGCAAAAUCUCGAUCCACGACAAGGCGGCGGCGUCUGUGCUGCACGACUUCACCCGCACCGGGCGGCGGACAAAAACUCAAAUGGAGGAGAUAUGCUCCGGCGACGGCCCCAACGGCAUCGAAGUCAGCGAGACGCUGCUGGCGCUGAGCCAGGCCAUGCAGAACAUCACGGCCCUGUUCUCCAAGAAGCACGACGACCACUUCCGGCCGUCCAUAACCUACAAGUUGUCGCGGCGCUUCAACCUCGGCGGCUUCGGCGCCAAGCGCCACCACCUCCGGCGCGAGUUCGAGGAGCACCUGUCCCAGGUCCGACAGAGCAUGACGGCGGCCGCGGCCCCCCUGCGCACUGUGGCCAUCAUGGCGCGCCUGAGCGGGCCGUACGGGAGCUUCUACGGGCUGACGGGCCUGUGCCCCAAGGACUGCACGGCAGCCGAGGAGGGCGCCGUACUCGCCCUCAUCUGGGGGUGGUACCGCGGCUGCGACGACGUUCCGGCCUUGAUACCCGCCGGCGUCGACCCCGUCGCCGUGGGGCGCGACUCGUUGCGGCGCGCGGCGGCGCACUGGCACGACGCGCACGAGACGGCGCGGGUGCACCUACGCCAGCUGGUGUGCAUGUGGGGCGAGCUCGAGGACAAGGUCAGGAGCAGCAGCAUGGGCGGCGGCUGGGCGGGCGUGAGGGAGAAGCGGUUCGGGCGGCGGGAGAUGACGCCCGAGAGGAAUGAGGUGGAGGCCAUCUCGGGCCUCGGGACCGGAGCCCUCAUGCAGCUGUUGAGGACGCCACCACCACCACCACCGCCCCCGCCACCACAGACCGGAAGCACCAGCGAUAGCAGCCGGCGCCGUGGGCGUAAUAGACGGCGGCGCGGACGCGUGUUCGGUACCUACAGCCCAAAUCCCCACGACGGCGGCUGUGGGCUCGCCGGCAUAAAAGAGGACCAGUGGCUGGCCAACGGCGGCACCAAGGCCCGAUUUGUGGAUGCCACGCCGGGCCGACUCAAGUCGGGCCUCACGCCUGUCCCCCGGUCACAGGCGGCGAGGCGAGUGGGAGGCUGAGUGAGAGUGCGCGCGCAAUCUCGCCAACACGCUGGAACCAAGGAGCGAUUGAUUCGUCCCUUGCUGGAACUCGUGCCGGCACUUGCGAGACGAGACGUUCAACAUUGCGUGUGCCACGCAGGUUGAGCAAUGGUAAAACAUUAUACCCAUACUAAUCUGUUACGAGAUGAACAAUGAGACACGGCCAUACAUAGAUUACAUAGACGAUCACGCGUUAUUUAAUGUCAAAUACAACAUAACAAAAAAGAAAGCUGAAAGAC